AUGCCCGAGCUUCCCACCGUCCCCAAGGAGGCGAGGCGCGAUAUCGCCCUGCUGGAACGCGAGUUCUCGGAUGCUGAGGUUCGCAUGCUGCGCCAGGCCAUUCCCUUAAUGCGCCCCCUGUACGCCCGCCGCAACGCCCUUGUGACCUCCAAACUCCAACACGUGGACUUCUGGCCGCGUGUCUUCGCGAACGCUCCCGCCGACAUCGACGAAUACAUCCGUCCAUCUGACGCGCAGAUAAUCAGCACCUGCCUGAAGAACAUCACCCUCGACCGCUUCGAGGUCAACGAGAAAGGCGAAGGGGAGCCGCGCUCCGUCCGCUUCACCUUUGAGUUCGACAAUGGCGAGGAGAACGUCUGGUUCGAAAACGAUAAGCUGGUGAAGGAGUUUUAUUGGCGGAAGGAGAUUCUCACCACCGUGAGUGGCAAGAAGAGGGUCCGCGAGGGAAUGGUCUCCGACCCCGUGAGGAUUAAGUGGAAGGAAGGGAUGGAUCCUACCGAUGGAUUGUUGGAUGCUGCGUGCGAUCUGGCAGAGGCCGAAAAAGCUUUGAUGAAGAAGGAGAACAAGACCAAGGUUUCAAACGAGGAUCGGUUGAAGUUGAAGGAAUACGAAUCGUUGGUGCAGAAGGUCGCCAAGAUCGAGGCUGAGGUCGCCAACGAGGGCGAAGGGGACGAUGAGGAGGGUGAAAGCAGCCCUAUGGGUUUGAGUUUCUUCGCCUGGUUCGGAUAUCGUGGUGGGGAUGUCUCUGCCGAAGAGUCCGCCCGCGCUAUCAAAGAGGAUGAGGAGAAGUGGGAGAAGAUCAUCAAAGGCGAGGAGCCAUUUGACGAAGAGGAAGACGAGGAAGAGGACGAAGAUGAGGAAGAUACGCUGGAAGAGGCUGAGAUUUUCCCCGACGGAGAGUCGCUGGCGGUCUCACUGGGCGAAGACCUCUGGCCCAACGCUCUGAAAUACUAUGUUCAAUCCUACGAGAUCGUCCCUGAUUUCGAUUUGGAUUCCGAUAUCGACUUGGAGGAUGUGGAGGGCGAUGAUGAGGAUGGUGAAUCCGAGGAUGAGCUGGCGCGUCCUCGCAAGAAGGUCAAGACGUGA